AUGAAUCUAUUCCUUUUGAAAAUAUCAUUUGGGUUUUCUACCGGCGACUUUAUAGCCGUCGGAGAAGUUAUCGCGACUUUGAUCAAAGGUCUUCGUGAGACAGGAGGUUCCAAAUCGGAUUAUCAAGAGCUUGUCCGUGAAUUACAAAGUUUAGAGAAGGCCUUGAAGCAUGUUGACAAUUUCAGUACCUCCAAAGAGUCCAAUAUAGGAUUAGACGGUGUCAAAUGUGCUGCUUUGCUAUGCUCAUGUGUACCUCGGGGAAUUAGGAGUGUUGGACGAGAGAUUCAAUGGGGAUUUAGAAAGAAAGAUGAGGUACAAAAAUUACUUGGAUAUCUGAGUAUCCAUAUUGAUAGUAUCAACAUGAUGUUGUUAACUCUGGCGUUGGAAGUAUCUGACCUAGCAAACAAGAAAGCAGAAGAAAAUCAUUUAAGCCUCAAGAACCUAAUAGAAGAUAGUCGGAUUGAUAUCCUCAAUACAAAAAUGUCGGUAACCACAAUCCAGGACAGCUUGUUGGAUCAAUCCCUCCUAGCUAGUAGUAACCAAUCGAUGCUAACACCACUGUCUGGCGUUAUCAAUGGCGAAGUGGUUCUCCCGCUGAAAUAUCUGGGAGAUAUGACGACUCAAAACUGCACCUCCACUCAACAAAUGCUACGCAUGGCAAGCGAAAUUCGAGGCAUGUUGCCCGCCGUAGAUACCAGGUUCACCUACUGUCAAGCUCCUGUCAAGGUGGAAGAUGCACUUGGGCGUUUCUUUCCUGUACCAUCUGAAUAUUCUUUCGAUGAUCUUCGUGCGAUUAUUCAUAGUCGUUUUAAAGAAGGUCCCGGAAAAUAUCAAGUUUUAAGUGGUAACUAUGAAAUAUUGAACGGCAAGAAUAGGAAGCAGGUCAUGUCUGCGGGAUACUGCGAGAGGCGUGGAUUUCUACCAGGAAGUACACUCACCAUGGCGAUCAUUCUGGAUGAUGUUCUUAAGCAAGGAGACGAUUUUUAUCCAAUGCCACGAUGUGGUUCACGAGCUUCAAGCCCAGUUAUAGGAGGAGGCAGAACUUCAUCUUUUACGUCAAGUUCAACAGCUGUAUGUGAGCGACAGCGAUUAAGCCGAGAGAUGAAGACAAGUGCUGAUUCGAUUCGGACGCACCAUUAUCGCCGUUGGCCCAUUGCUGGUCAUCCAUAA